AUGUUUUUAAAAUUCUUUCUUGAUAAAUGUAUUUUAUGUUUCCUGGCUUUGGGUUUGAUUCCAAUUGGAUAUAUAAAUAGAAAGAAUAAGUUUAGGAAAAUUGAAAAUCAGAAAUAUGCCUUAUUCAGUUCUAUAGUUAUGAACAGUUUUUUAAUAUACCUAAAUAAGUUUUUUGGAAUAUUAGGAAUAUUUAAUUUUUUUUUAGGGAAUUAUUUAUGUUUAAUUGGAAUAACAGGUGGUAUAGCCGUUGGAAAAUCAACUUUUUGUAAUUUUCUAAAAAAAAAAGAUGUGGUUGUAAUAAAUGCUGAUGAAAUUACUAGUAAGAUUUAUACAAAAGAUUCUAUAUGCUAUAAAAAAAUUGUAAAACACUUUGGAGAAAAUAUUUUAAAUAAUGAUAAAAGUAUUAAUAGAACCUUAUUGAGAAAAAUAGUAUUUAAUAAUGAAGAAAAUGUUAAAUAUAUCAAUAAAAUUACACAUACUUAUAUUAUACUACAAAUUAUUAAAGAAUGCUUAAAAUAUAAAUUUUUAUAUUUUAAAUAUAAUGUAGCCAUUGAAGCACCUUUAUUAAUAGAAACGAAAUUAUAUCUAUUAACAAGUCCUGUUAUACUUUUAAAAUCAUCUGUAAGAAAUCAAAUUAAACGUAUCUUAUCAAGAGAUAAAAAUUGCACCUAUGAUACAGCCAUGGGUAUUAUCAAGAAUCAGCUACCUACAGAUGAAAAGAUAAAGUACGCAGAUAUUAUUAUUAACAAUGAUGGAGAUAUAUUAGACUUACAAAUGAAAUGUGAUGUGGUAUAUAAUAAAUAUUUAAAAAACUUUUUCUUCUAA